AUGAGCAUCCUUAAGCUUUCAACUGCAGCUGUGGCUGAGCCGUUAGAUGCGUCCUUCCGCCGCGGCCACAACGGUGAUGCCAGCUCCAAGUCGCAGAGGAAGCCAGUGGGAGUAGUCACUUCCCAACUCACGCAACUUCAAGCACGAUGCCUUAUCGCAGCUUGUGCUUUCUGGGCUGUCGCUUCAGCAUUUGCCCUACCUUCCUUGCUCGUCUUCGGGCUGCUCCUGAUUCCUAUGUGGGUCACAGCAGAAAUGGCUUUCCUCGUAUGGUGGUGCAUCCUCUACCAGCGGCUGAACGCGCAGCCUGUACCCCACCGACCCCCCCCACACGUCAAUCCUCGUGAGGUCUUUGACCGCUUUAUCCGCGACCAGUCAUCGAUGUGUCGAUACAUAGACAUACUGCAAAUGAUCUCCACGUGGCACUGGAAUGUGCCCAUUUCCGAGCUGAGCCGGGAAAACGUUGCUGACCUUCUCUGCUACGGCUUCUACUACCGUUCCAGAGAGCAGAUGGCGGAUGAGGGCAUGGGCCACGUGCCGGAACAGUUGGUUUCAGAGCUGGAAGUCGCGUGGGGCGUGAAGUUCGCGCCAGGGGUUGGGCAGGAAGGCGGAGAAGGGAAGCCAUAUGUGCGGCGGCGUAUCAUGACCCAUCUGUGGGAGCCGGUGCGCUGCUUCUACCGGCCAUUGGCGUUCUACGCGGGAGUGGAGGUGCUGAUAGCGCUGAAGCACGUUAUGCUGCUGGCGGCGGGGUUCCGGGCGCACAUGUACCAGGGCAUGCUCUACUACACCUACGGCCUGCCUGCUACCGCCGCUGCAGCGGCGGUGCAGCAGCAAGGCCACUCCCUGAUCCGCUCCGAAACCCCCACCGUCCGCACCGCUGCGUCGGACGUUAAGGCACCCAUCCUGUUCCUGCACGGCGUGGGUCUGGGCCUUUUACCGUACUUAAAUUUCCUGCUGCGACUUUCCUCCCUGGAGCGGCCCGUGGUGGCGGUGGAAGUACGGCAUCUAUCCAUGCGCGUGUGCGUGAAUGUGCCUGAGGAAGACGAGGUCGUGGCAUGCAUCGCCGGCGCAUUGGCCCGCCACAGUGUGAAGCAGGUGCAUGUGGUGGCGCACUCAUACGGCACCUUCAUGGCAUCCCGUCUGGUGCAGCUGCACCGGCCCAUGGUGGCGAGCCUGACCCUGCUGGACCCGGUCUGCUUCAUCAUGUUCUCCGGCAAGCUCAUCUACAACUUCGUGUACCGCAACCCGCUGGAGGGCGCCUCCUCCCUCACCUGGUUCAUCGCGCGCGACCUGGCACAUGCCGUGUCGGUCAGUCGCCGCUUCUACUGGUCGCUGCUCAACCUGUGGCCUGACCAGCUGCCGCAGCACACGCUGGUUGCGUUGUCCGCGCAGGACGAGCUCGUACCGGUGCCGGAGGUACUCACCAUGCUGAAGGAACGCCCUGAGGUGCGGGUGCGGGUGCACGACGGCCAUCGCCACGCAGACUUCAUCAAAGACCUGCCGGAGCAGGCCAGGAUGGUGCAGAUGGUGGCGGAGCUCGUGGAUGCCGCCACUAACACCGCCAGCCCUGACACCGCCACAGCAGUGCUGCGAUGGUGCGCGGGGGACCUGCCCCCAUCGUCCUCCGCGGGAACGGACACCGGGAGAAGCCGUGACAGCGCAAGCUCCUACGAGGCGGGCAGUGUGCUGAGCGGCCCCGGCAGGGGGUGCCAGGAUUGGAAGAAGAGCGCGGCAUGA